AUGUCGACUAAUAAAAAGCUACUCUUAAGAGUAUUGGAUGGCAAUCAUGGCCAAAAUUAUAAUAUCAAAGAAUCUAAACAAGAUAUAGGCGGAAAUAACGAGUUUGUUAAAUACAUAUAUACAGUAGAUGAUAGUUAUGUAGCAAUGACAGUAUUGUACAGUGACAAGUUGAUUGCAAAAGAAACAAAUGUUAAAAUUGAUGAAAUAAUUUUAAAAAACACUAAAAAUAUAUCUUUUGACGGUCAAAGAUACGACAGAAUUUCUGUAUAUUACACCAAAAGAAACGUUGCACUUUUAGUUGAAUUCACAAAAGAAUUAAGUACUGAGUGGUUUGUUAGAAAAGAUCAAGUCGGAGUAUACUGGGCAUGUGAAAACUUAAAUUAUGAAGGAAAAGGUGGUUUAGAAAAUAAAUUAAGAGAAAUAGAAUUCAAUAUUAAAGGUAAGAUAUCAUAUUUACUCGAUAAAAAUUCAAGUUACAGUGAUUAUGUAGAAUUUUCAAAUGAAAAUGUUUUGAUUGAUGAAUUUAAAAAAUGUAUUCAUAAACCUAGAAAUGAAAAAUUUAGUUCUACUCUACUAUUAUAUAAGGGUGCCCUUAUAGAAUCUAUGAAAUCAGACGAAUUAGAAAAAAUCACAGAAAUAGAGGAACAAGCAUAUGAAAGUGUUACUGUGUAUUUUGGAGUUAAAUUAAAAAUUGAAAAUGAUUUUCCUCCUUUGAUUAUAAAAUUAACUAAAUCGCAAAAUAACUUCAAUCAAUAUUACGUUAAUAAAACAUAUAAUUUAAAAUCAUACUGGGAUAAAAUAGAUGAUUUAUCCACUAUCGAUGGAGAAAAACAACUUAUAAACCAAUUAAAAAAGGCUCAAUUCGACUUGGUUCAGUCAGUAUUAAUAUUGAUUGAUGAACAGAAAACUGUACAAUAUGAUAAUGGAAAAUUUUCCCAAAUUAUUAAGGAGAAUAAAAUAAAUUCAGUAAUGGGAAAAAAAGUGAGUGUUAAGAAAAGUGAUAACAAUAAAUUUAAUUGUUUAAAAUCUUACAAUGUUGAGAUAUAUGAACAUGAUAUCUCAAAGUCAGUUGUGUCGUAUGAAUAUGGGUCUAAAAAAAUGUUUGGUUUGAGGUUUUUCUUCAAUUGCAAUAACAAAUGUUCGGAUUUAGAAUUAUACAUCAAUAAUGAAACUAAUGACGCCAGUAGAGAAUAUUUAUAUUAUGAAAAAACCAAGGAUACAUUAUUUGUUUUCUUUUAUGAAAGAGACCCUAGACCUUUACUAUUUUGUUAUGAUAAUCAAGUUUUUAGACCAUGUUCUCUGGAAAAUUAUAAUAAAAAAUGGGUUAAAGUACAAAAUUUAAAUAAUGUUACAUGUGAAAGCGAUAUUUCAAAUAAUAAACUUUUAAAAAUUUUAUUAAAGGUAACUUAUAUGAUGAACCCUGUGCGAAUAGAUAGGGGUAUAAAAGUUGAUGAGAGUGAUUAUUAUGUAACACAACCAUUGAAUGAUCCAGCAAAAACUCAAGUUAAAAUCAAAGUUAGUUGUUCAAAAAUGGGUAGUUAUAAACUUUAUACACAUAGCCCAGGAAAUCCAAGUUAUGUUUUGGGAGAAGUCAGUCAUGGUAUAAAUAAACUAUUUAAAAGUUAUGAAGAGUAUCAUGGAGAACUAUCCCAAAAACAUAAAAAUAAAUUUCCACAAAAAGUUUCUACUUAUUAUCAUGAAAAUGAUGAUGGUCGUAAUUGCCCAUUAAUGAUUGUGUUGGAAUAUGAUAGAAAUAUUGGAAGCGGUAUUACAAAUAAUACCAGUGAAUAUUACAAGCUUACUUCUAAAAAAUGGCCUAUGAAUUGGACAAAGAUACAGGAUAACAAUAUUGAGGGGAUUGAAAAUAUAAGUUACAAUGACUCUGAAUCAAGUGCUUUAACAAAAAAGCUGGAUGAAAUCUUAAAAGAGCUUGAUAUUAAUUAUAAUAAGAAAAGUGAUUUUUACAUCUAUUCCAGAGAUGUUACAAAAUAUCCGGGUAUACCACCCUCGGGCAAUCUUAAUGAUGAUAGUAGUAGUGGAGCAGUGGCAGGAACUAUUACCACGCUAAGUUUGGCUGGAGCAGGUGGCGGAUUUUUGUUCUAUAAAUAUCAAGCUAUUGUUAUGUCAUUUAUAAGAAGUUUGUUUCAUUAA